CUCGAUCGAAUCAACCUCGACGGCUUAUGAACCCCUACGGAAUUUCGAAGAUACCCCAAGCUGCUUUGCAGCCUUUUCAAGGUGCAAGCUUGAUACCAAUUCGACUGUCACGGGCAACAUGAAACCGACCGGACUUGGGGUACGAUCACGAAAGACGAGGGUUUUGAGACGGAUAAGAUCGGGUUGGGAUGCACUGGAAUAUACAUUAUAUUAUACCUCGGUUUGGCCCGAGGUGGUUUCCGUACCGUCUUUUCGCCUCUGGACUGGUGAUCAUCUACGUAUCGGCCGAUCGAUUGAGGCUUUCCGAAUCCGUCUCGUCGCCAUCUGCACCCCGGUCCCGGAUGCAGGAAAGUUCCCGGGAUCGUUUUUCCGAGAAUGGAGAAGCUGGUUCUCGGGUCGUUUCGCAUUCCGUGGUCAUGCGGGUUACUGCAAGGCUGGAUGACGGUCAAUCUUAUCAGCCUGAGGGGGUUUGGUCGCGUCGAGGUCCAGGUCGAGAAGCGGGCUGGGUCACAAUUAUCUCGGGAGUAGUCGCUGUCUAGGGGGGCGGCAGUCGAGGCUGCGAGACGAAACACGGAUUGGAAGAAGUGGUUUGAUUUCGGUAAAGCUCUGGGCCCGCCAAGGUCAGCAAGGCGGAAAAGGUGCUCUGACCUAAGAUCCAGCUCGAAUUCAGACUUGCCAUAGGCCAAUCAAGGUCAGAAGAUAGAGCUUAGGUAGAUGAAGAGGUGCAACCAGGUUGCCAUUGUGCGAGCUGAUGAUCAACUAAUAGAUCUACUUGCAUGCUCAUCGAUCUACUCUCACGGUCGUUAGCAAUAUGUAGCACCUGUGUCCGUAAGGGACCGGUGCGUCUUGAAUAAGCUUUGGCCCCGUCACCAUUCUAUCUUAUGCUCCCGAGAGUUUGACUGUUCUCCUCGGUUGAUAAGGUUAGAGGCCGAAUCCCACAUCAAGCAAUAAUCAUGGGAAAUUUACUGAAUGCUCAGAGUGGAACCACCGGUUCAGAUUCAGCCAAGCAACUUUGGUCAACAGGUUGCU